CGUCAGAUACUGGACGACUGGACGCGGCCGAUACCGAAAGUGGAGAGGCAAGCGAUGCUGAUAAGCGCCAAGAGAAGCCGCUGGAUAUCCAUUCUGAGCUCUACAUUCACGUACCUCUUGCUGAUCACCUUCACCACGAUGUCGGUUUGGAACAAUAUGCAGCACUCAUUCGAGGUGAAACUGUACGGUAUGCCGUUUCCGACGAUCUUCCCCUACAACUGCAAUAAGAGCCCGAAUUUCGAGCUCACGUGGCUCGGCGAGACCAUAGGCGCGAUCAUCGUAGCUAACGGUUACUCGUGCUUCGACACGUUCUUGGCGAUGCUGACGCUGCACCUGUGCGGCCAAUUGGCGGUGCUGAACAUUAACAUGAGGAACCUGGUGGACGCGACCCGGCACGACGACUUCGUCAACUUUCAAGAGAGACUGGGCUUGAUCGUACACAGGCACGAAGAGCUUCACAGGUAUGCUACCGUCGUCGAGGAUUACUUCAAUAUCGCUCUGCUCGCGCAAACGUUGGUCGGCACAGUGACGUUCUGUAUAAGUGUGUACCGCUUGAUUACAAACCGAGACCAGGGGGUGGCUGAUUUGAUGUACUUCGUUAUACAAGUACUGUACACGACGAUACACUUCUUCUUUUACUGUUAUAUCGGCGAGCAGCUUCUCGCUGAAAGCACAAACGUGGCGCAAUCAGCGUUCGAUUGCGAGUGGUAUGACUUACCGCCGAGGAAGGCGAUCUCCUUGACAAUCAUCAUAAUGCGAGCGAAUACAUCGUUCAAAUUAACGGCGGGAAAGUUCAGCCCGUUCUCCUUCGAACUGUUUAGUACCAUCUUGAAAACGUCUGCCGGUUAUGUAUCGGUGCUAUUGGCGAUGAACGACAAAGUGACCGAACAGUAAUAAUGUUACAAGUUGCAUCUAGGAUUGACGAGAUGCACUGCCGUUAAACUGUGUUACGUAGUAAUAAUAAUAUUUCUCGAUCGAUAUGUAUGUCCCAGACGAAUCCAAGAGAUGGCAUUAGUGUAUUAGCGUAUCUGCAACGCAAUUAACGCGGCA